CUGUGGGAGUUUUCGAUCUUCAGUAGUUCUCAACUCCGAUUCUUCUUUCACUCUCCAUUCGACUUGAUCUAAACCACGAGGCUUCCAUUUGAUCUCGCGUAACAAGGAUAGUCGCCACGAUAUCAUGCACAUCGCAUCAUCCCUAUUGUUGGCCUCAUUGGCCGCCACAUCCGCCCUCGCUUCCGCUCCCACAUGCAGUACCAGCUCGCAAUGUCCAGAGGAGUAUCCCUGCUGUUCGCAGUAUGGUGAAUGUGGUACCGGCGCUUACUGUCUGGGUGGAUGCGAUCCGCUCUCGUCUUACUCCCUCGACUCUUGUGUUUCCGAGCCCGUGUGUCAGAGUAGAACCUAUACAUGGGAUAACUUGGACAAGGCCGCCCUGAACACCAAGUAUUUAGGAAACUCUUCCGAAGCCGACUGGGUCUACAGCGGUUACCCUAAGAUUGAGGAUGGCAACCUUCUGUUGACCAUGCCCAAGAACACCGUGGGCAGUCUGUUUGCCAACAAUCACUACGUUUGGUAUGGAAAGAUCUCCGGCAAGGUCAAGAGCAGCCGUGGCAAAGGUGUUGUCACUGCCUUCAUCCUGUUGUCGGAUGUAAAGGACGAGAUUGAUUUCGAGUUUGUCGGUUCCGAUCUGGCGAAUGUCCAGACCAACUACUACUGGCAGGGUGUUUUGGACUACAACAAUGGAGGAAAAUCGGCUGUUAAUGGCAGCGAUACCUUUGACGAUUGGCAUGAGUACGAGAUUGACUGGACUGAGGACGCUAUCACCUGGUCUGUGGACGGCCAGGUCACCCGCACCUUGACGAAGGAGUCCACCUACAAUGCAACCUCGAAGACUUACAAAUACCCCCAGACACCUUCCAGAAUGCAGCUGUCAUUGUGGCCUGCAGGCCAGGCCAGCAAUGCAGAGGGUACAAUCCAGUGGGCUGGUGGUGAAAUCGACUGGGACAGCGAGGAUAUCAAGGAUAAAGGAUACUACUACGCCACCUUCUCGGACAUUACUGUUGAAUGCUAUGACGCCCCGAACGGCACCGUCUCGACCGGUGACAAGUCCUACGCUUUCGUCAACGACGAAGGACUUGAGAGCUCAGUCGUGAUCACCGGUAACAGCACCGUUCUUGCCUCUUUUGGCGCCACAGGUCUUGAUAUGGAUCUGGGUAGCAGCAGCUCUACCAACACCACGGGCGACAACAGCACGGUCCCCGAAAACCGCGGCGGCUCGGGCAAUGAGCCUGGAGCCACCAGCUCCAGCACUACUGGCUCCAGCUCCGGCACAAGCAGUGGUAGCUCAAGCGAUUCGACGGGUUUCAGCCAGGGUACUUCAACCGACACCAGCUCCAACGACGCCGCAUCUCCUAGUGAGCGUGUUGUGAAAGGCUCCUUCUUUGCCGCAUUGGUGGCAAUCGUCGUGUCGGUCACGCUAUAAGCAGAGUCAACAACCUCCGUUUUUUCCCUUCUUGAACAUUCUUAUUCAUGUAUCUGCUUGACUCUUACCUGGCCCGA